UAGUAAUAAUGUUAUUAUGUUUAAUAACAAAUAGUAUGGAAGAAAUGCAAAUGAAUGAUUUAAAUAUUGACGAAAAUGAAUUAUUAAAUAAUGGUCAUGAUUCUAUGAAUAAUGGUAUAGAUGAUAUAAUGAAAGUGUUAGAAACACUGAAUCGUCUUUCAAUCAAGAAAUAUAAAUCUUUCGUUGUUACUGAUGAAGAUGACGACAAUGCGGAAAUUAUACGAUAUCCACGUUCAAUUAAAACAAUCAGUUCAUCAGAAUUUAAUACAGAAUAUAAAUAUAUACCAUGUAAUUUUCAAUGUUUACUUAGACCUAAAAUAAAUAGACGAGAAAUAAGAAAAAUAUCUGAAACAGCAUUACAUUUACCAAAUAAAAAAAUAGCUAUAUUAGAUUGUUUAAAUAAUAGUAGUAGUACUAGUAGUACAUCAAAUUUAUUGAAUAUUGAAUGGAAUAUAUCUGUAACUAGUCAGUGUGUUACACAUUUUACAUCACGUUUAUUACAUAUUAUCAUUGGUAUGCCGUCAUUAUCAAAUCAACCAUCAUGGAGUAAUGAAUGGUUUGUAUUUACUUCAAAUCGUAUAAGUACUAGUAUUUCAUAUUAUAUUCAAAAUUAUAUUAAACCAAUUACUGAUUUAUAUAUUACAAUAACUAUACCAUUAUUUCGUUUAGAUCGUAAUGAUUUCAAUCAACUGUCCACAUGGUUAAGAUAUAUUUCUAUUGAUGGUAAAAUGUUACGUUAUGCAGAUGUUAUGUUAAUAGCAAAUUUAUCUUUAGAUUAUUUUAUUUUACAAGAUUGUAUUAGAAAUGAUGAAAUAAAAAUUAAUCCACAAUCAGCAUCAUUACCAGAUUCACGUAUUGAAUUAUUGAAUAAUUAUACAGAAUGUUUAAUUUAUUGGAAAUAUUCAUGUCCAAAUUAUCCUGAAUUUAUAUUAGUAGCAGAUUUAAAAACACAUGAACGAUAUUGUUCAAUAGUGAAUAAUCAUAAUAAUAAUAAUAAUCAACAAACACGUAUGAAUAGAUUGUCUAGAAUGAAUUUGAUUGAAACAUUGACAACACAUGAUAUGACUACUACUGGUACUACUAGUAGUACUAGUAGUAGUAGUAGUAGUAGUAGUAGUAGCAGUAGUACUAGUACUACACAAUCAUUGAUUAAUAAAUUACGUGCAAAACGAUCACCAAAACGUUAUAAAUCAAAAUUACCAGCCUCUUCUAAUUUACCUACAACAUCAACACCAACCAUAGUAAUAAAAUCUUCAUUAAUCUCAUUACCUACAGAAACUACCAAUGCACAAUCUACAACAUUAUUCCAAACCAAUAUUGAGAAUUAUCCUACUAAUCAGUCAUUAUCAUUAUUGACAAAUGAAACUUGCACAUCAAUUAACAGCACAUUGAUCAAUGAAUUAAACGAUUAUUUAAAACAACAAACAAAUCAUAUUAAUAAUAAUAGUAAUAAUAAUAAGCAUAAUGAACAGAAAAUAAUCUGGUUACAAAAUUUAAUAACAAUAUUACUUGGAAUUUUAUUAUUAAUGACAAUUAUUUUAUUCGGUGUCACAAUACUACUUAUAUACUUUAUAAGACAACAUUUAUUGUUACAACGUGAAAAUAAAAUAAGAUGA